ACACACGCUAAUCGUCGUUAAUGGGCGGGUACUUUCCGGUACAUAAUCAAAACCUUUUUUCAAAUAAGAUCGGGAGCAGACGACAGGCUUCAAAAGGCUCGUGUCACAGUGGGAUCAAUAUCAUUUACAAUAUUUCAAGGCAGACCCAGUCAAAACUAAAGUGAAGAUCGGCAUCUUCAGAGAAAAGUACCAUUUCGACUUGGAAUAAAACACAAGAACACCAAGAGAAACAAAAACAGCUUUUGCACGAUGAGUUCUGACGAGGAAAAAGGUGAUUCGCACAGCUCUGUUUUCAUGCGAGCUUCCGACAGGUAUCCACGGACACCGAAAUGUGCUCGAUGCAGGAACCACGGAGUGGUGUCAGCACUGAAAGGGCACAAACGAUACUGUAGAUGGAGAGACUGUGUAUGUGCAAAAUGUACCCUUAUUGCCGAACGACAAAGAGUGAUGGCGGCCCAAGUGGCACUCCGAAGACAGCAGGCCCAAGAGGAGAACGAAGCCCGGGAGUUAGGGAUGUUAUAUGGACCAAGUGGGCUGCUUCAGCUCAACCCUGAAACAAUCAACCUGUUUCCAAAUGCCAAGAAAAUUAUAGAUACUGAUAAAGAUGAAGAUGAUGGACCGGCUGUUAAAAGACAAAAGCUUGAUUCCACUCGGACGGACUCUCCCGUAUCCCGAUGUUCUUCUGAAGAUAAUAACGAACGGACAUAUUCACCAGUAGAGUCAACAGGUUCCCCAGCUCCCUCCCCCAAAUUUACAGAUCCUCCUUCUCCCAGUGAAGACAAAUCGGAACCAUUUCCUAAAUCCUUUGAGGAGGGGCUGCUUGCUGGCAGUUCUAAAAAGAACCCUAUAGACAUGCUUCAAAGAAUUUUUCCACACAUGAAAAAAAGUGUUCUUCAGCUUAUUCUGCAAGGUUGUAAUGGUGACAUAGUACAAACGAUAGAGCAGGUCCUUAGUAAUCACGGAAGUGAUCAGUCAUCAGCGGCUUCUACCUCAUCUAGUUCAUUUAUGCCCCACCCUGGUUUAGUUUCUACCAUGACAAAUUCAUCCUUCAGAUCAGCAUUUUCUCCUAUCUCUACGCUUGCGAACGCACAUACCCUGAAUUCCAUGAGGUACGCAUGGGGAGGUAUGGGCGGGCGAGGACUUUUGGCGAUGCCCUACCCCCCGGUUUUACCCGGGCUAACACUUGGUGCUGCAUAUUCGAAUUACAAUAGUUUAAAUUCGUCGUCUAGUGGCCCCAAACCUUUUCAUUAUGCCAUGUGUCCCUGUUGCACCACAAAACCUUUCUCUUCAUCAAACUCGGAAAAAUCAAGCUGCAUCGCAGAAUAAAGAGACUUCAUGCCGUCGUGAUUGCAUUUAACUAUUGAAUAAGUAUCACUUUGAUGUAUAAAAUAUUGACAUUACACUGUAAAAAAAAAACUGUGUUAUUAGUGGGGCGUUUGUCAUUGUUCGUUUUCUAUAUGUACAAUGUAAGUGUAAUUUUCUUUUCUUUAAAAAAGCUGUAUGUCAUUUUGUAUGAAUGGUCUGCCAAAGAUGAGAUGUAUAACAAUGUGAAUAUUAUCCAAUAGAUUGUUAAUUUAUUUUGCUUCACUUUGUGUAAUGCUUAUUGUCACAAUUUAUUAAGUCAAUAAAUAUAAAACACA